UAUCCCUCCCACCACAUCUUUCUCACUCCCUCUCCUCCUGUCCCUCUCUUCAUCUCUCGCCCGUGUGCGCCGUGCCGCUCCAUGCUCAGCGCACAGAUGUAAGUUUAAUCCAGGCAACGCUCGCGGAGUCAGCAAGUAAGAAAAUGAGGUUGUCCUCCGCCAACCAAGCAGGGGAAUGAGUUUCCAGCUGCAGGCCUAAGUGGACUUGGUGUCAGGUGUGAAGAUCUUCUCAGCUCAUGGUUUGGGAUCUUAUUCUUUUGUGUGCGAAUCCAGCUUUGAGCUCCGUCUUGAGCUCUGUCCGUCAGCCUUUCAUGAGCGUCUGAUCUGAAGAUGAAGUAAAGAGGAUAUCCAGAAGACACCCGCAUGAAUCAAAGGAAAUAUCAUCCAUGCUUUUAUUUAUAGUCUGUGUAGUUUUUGAUUUUGGACAAAACCAGCAGAGACUUUCCAUCUGACCUACCACAUUUGUGUCGGUCUUCUUCAAGGGGAGAUUGUGAGCUUGUCAGUCCAUUCAUCAACCAGCGACCAAAGGGUGUGACAUUUGCCGCCAGACCCAAGACCACCUUUAAGACCAAACAGCCUUGGGGUCCACAGGAGCCUCGCUCUUGCAGCUUUGUACUUUGUCCAGACUUUGGUGCUGACACGAUCCACAGUCAGGAUGCAGGUGUCACUGGUGUGCACCGACCACCGCGGUGGUGUAAGCCGCACCACGGAGGACCGGCUCAACCGUCAGAACGCCAACAGCCCGGGUACCGGUACGCGCAACAAGUUCCGAGCCGUGGCGAUGGUGGCUCGCAGUCUGGGCCAGCUGUCGGUUCAGAGUAUCCCUUCUUCCAGCGAGCAGAGCAUUAAGACCGGCAUGAAGUAUAGAAACCUUGGGAAAUCGGGUCUACGCGUGUCCUGCCUUGGAUUAGGAACAUGGGUGACAUUUGGCGGACAGAUAACAGAUGAGAUGGCAGAGCAGCUGAUGACUCUGGCGUAUGAAAAUGGCAUCAAUCUAUUUGACACAGCGGAGGUCUAUGCUGCCGGGAAGGCCGAGGUGGUGCUGGGAAACAUCAUAAAGAAGAAAGGAUGGAGACGCUCUACUCUCGUUAUAACAACAAAGAUCUUCUGGGGUGGAAAAGCCGAGACCGAAAGAGGUUUAUCUCGAAAACAUAUCAUAGAAGGUUUAAAAGCUUCUCUGGAGAGACUGCAGUUAGACUACGUUGAUGUCGUGUUUGCCAACAGACCGGACCCCAACACGCCUAUGGAAGAAACGGUUCGAGCGAUGACCCAUGUGAUAAAUCAAGGCAUGGCCAUGUACUGGGGGACAUCACGCUGGAGCCCCAUGGAGAUAAUGGAGGCGUAUUCUGUGGCACGGCAAUUCAAUCAGAUCCCUCCGAUCUGUGAGCAGGCCGAGUAUCACAUGUUUCAGAGAGAGAAGGUGGAGGUGCAGCUACCGGAACUUUUCCAUAAAAUAGGUGUGGGGGCCAUGACGUGGUCACCGCUGGCCUGCGGGAUCAUCUCAGGGAAAUACGACGGCAGGGUGCCCCCAUACUCUCGGGCCUCUCUGAAGGGUUACCAGUGGUUGAAGGACAAGAUCUUGAGCGAGGAGGGUCGGCGUCAGCAGGCGAAGUUGAAAGAGCUGCAGGCGAUCGCGGAGCGGCUGGGCUGCACUCUGCCCCAACUCGCCAUCGCGUGGUGUCUACGUAACGAGGGGGUGAGCUCCGUCCUUUUAGGGGCAUCCAACACGGACCAGCUGAUGGAUAACAUAGGAGCCAUUCAGGUCCUCCCCAAGCUGUCGUCGUCCAUCAAUCACGAGGUGGACAGCAUCCUGGGCAACAAGCCCUACAGUAAAAAGGAUUAUCGCUCCUAACGCCCGCACGCCUUACUGCCUGAUCCUACAUUUGCUUGAGCUUCUACCGAGCGAGACCCCGGCGCAUGAGUGUGGUCGCACCAGACGGCCACCGGGGGGCUCCUCGCUCACACUUCCAGGGAUGAGAGGUAAACAGACCCACAGUAGUCCAUCGGAGAAGGCCGCUUAGAAAAGUGCAGACAGUUCUGCACUCCUACUUCAAAUCAUAGAAUAUGUUUUUUUUUUUAGAAGACAAAAAAAAAAAAGCA